AUGCGGAAGGUGGAGCCGCGGCAUCUGUGCCGCGGCCACGUGCCGUCGAGCUCGCAGCGGAGCUGGCCGGUGGGCGCCGAACUCGAUGCGGUGGCAAACGGCGCGUUAACCAGCUCCCUCAAGCAACUGGCCUCGCUCCUCACCGCCGCCGAGGACAUCUUCGCGGGCCUCACCGCCGAGCUGGCCCACGUCGCCGAGAGGAGCGUACACCUACGCCGCAAGAUCGACAAGGUCGAGGAACGACUUAGCACCGUCGAUCCGAAAAAGAUACCAGUCCCGGAAUCGGAUAUAUGCACUUUCGCGACGAGAACGGAACAUUUUCACGUCACGAAUAAACCAUCGACGGGACUCUUCACGCCGGACACGCGGCCGAAGGCCCUCAAGGAGCUGUACGAGCUCGCCGCCAUAGUCGCCGUGCGAAGUUUAGACUCUUUGAGGAGGGAUGGCAGCUCGAUGGACAUGUUUCUCUGCACGCCGAUUCUCGGUAAAAGAAGACGGGAUCAAAGCCUCGAAAUCGAAUCCAGAGUCCCGGCCGCUAUCGAGGAUCUGCGAAGAUGGACAUCCGCCGAGGCGCUCGGCGACGUUACCGUACCGCCGGACUGCGCGUCCAGGAUUCUGAGCGACACGACCUGCGACGACGCGGUCGAUCAUAAGCUACCUAGCCCCGAGGAACAGGUUCAGGCUAUUGCGCUCAAAUUCCCGGCGGAAAUAGUGGCGGUGGAUGUGAGCGGACGAGGUUUCGAAAGGAUGUCGAUGAGAAGGAGAUCUUUGCUGUCAGGACCGGAGACACAGGAAACGACAAAUGUGAAGAGACGGUCUCGGCCACGCAGACCCAGAGGAAAAAGACGAAACACGAUCGCCGGCACUGAUCAGAAAGAGAUUCGACAAGCAAUCGGAGGAGAGACGGCUGGCGACGAGCCCGAGGAGACAAUGCCAAACGCCACGCCAAGAGCGCAUCGUUCGGCGAGCACCGACAUCCUGGGUACCGCAAAGAAGGACUCGCCUACAGAGAAGAAGUCGCAUUUCAACACGUUGAAGGCCUGGGGCAUGUCUAGAUUGAAGUUGAUUAGUCCGAAAUCGAAUCAACAGCAGCAACAGCAGCAGGAGUCGACGGCGAGGACUACAGAGAGGAGCGAACAAGCGCAAAAUCAAACGCGAACGCCCGAUGAGGUCAACAUCUACGAAACGGUGACCAUGAAACGCAAGAGGGACAAGUCGCACGAGAGAAAGCCCAGCUCGUCCAGUUCGAGCGGCAAGAGCACGGCCAGCAUACCGGUGUCGAUGCCAAGUACGGACAACAAACAGCCGAGCGUGAAAUUGCGCGAGAGCGCCGCCCAGAGACGAGAACGACGAAAGGGCAGCAGCAACCGCGACGACGCGCCGCACUCGAGCUCCGGCAACUGGAGCGCCUCGUCCGAAAGCGGAAGGGCCAGUAUUGGCAGCGAGACCACUACCACUACGCAUCAGCCUAAAUCAACGACGACAGCCUCGAUCGGCACGUCCUCCACUUCCUUAGCUUUAAGCCACAUGAGACGACUGAAGGGAAGAGACACUUCGGCCUCGUCGUCGGUAACCUCCGAAGGUACCCUGACCCCGGAUAUCAUCCAGGACAUUACGGUGAUGCCCUUCUCGGACGAUGGGGAAACAUCGUCGGUGUAUUCUUGCGAUACAGAGGGAUAUUACACCUCGUUUCACAUGGACUCGGGUCUGAAAACGCUCAGAGAGGAAGAACCUAUGCCACAGAGUCCUUUGACCAAAUCGAAUGACAUUGGCUCGGACCCAACGUCGCCGGUUGUCGAGAACGAGUACGAAUUGUUCGGUAGAGGAUCGACCUCGACGACGACCAGUUCAGCUGGAACGGUUUGCACGGCGCUUUUGGCACCCCCACCUCCCGAACGCAAGUCCAGUCUCACAGUUGUCGCUAUGGUUCAUGGUCAAAAUCAAACCGGCGACGAGUCGCCCGACAGCGGUCACAAUACGUCCUCGUCGCCCGUCGAGUCCGCCUCAAGUCCGGCCUGUACCGGUCGUUCGUGCUCCGAAUUCGAAUAUUCGGAAUCCAGCGAUCUAGAAGGUUGCGAGCGGAUCGAGAGAAUCCGCUCGAAGACGGCGAUAACGACCAGCCGGAUUCCGUCGAUGUGCGUGAUCACGCCGCCCGUAUCCGAUGAUGAACACGCGAAGGACACUGAACAGAGCGAGAAGAAGACGAGCGAGCCGAGGAAGACUGAUCUUCAGAGCGGCGGAUCGGUGCUCAUGUCCGCCACCGUCGGCACCUCCAAGAUGGAGGUGAUCAACGGCCAAGACAAAAAUUUGUAUGCUACCGUGCAGGUAUUACCGGCAGCUGCCGCCAAUAAUAAUGACAAGCCGGUCGCGACGAUGGGUCAGUCUUUGUCAAUUAAAGUCAGUCCACUGAGCGGCGUUUUGGACAAGCUUCGCGGCGUACUUCCGGGCAAGAAGCACACCACGAAGAGCGGCGCUGUGCAAGAGGUGUCGAACGCGGACUCCGGCGACUAUGUGACCAUAGCCGACGUGAGGAAUAACAACGACAAGCGUCCCGCGGGUCCACCUUCAUCGUCGUCCUCGUCGUCGGGCAUGACUGCCGUUCGACCCACCGCAACCUAUGCCAAUACCGAUAUCUUCAAAAAAGACGCGGAAUACGUCAGUCUGAGCGAGUUACCGAAAAAGCCGGACUCGUCGUUGGAGAGGAAGAGACAGGGUGCUCGAGUCACUCUGGACUCCGAGGGCAAAGUCGUCUACUCGUCUGACAGUCUGAAGAGGAGAAAAGGAGCACAUACGACAUUUAAUCCAGGUCCCUUUGUGAGAGAAGGAGUGUCACCAAGCCCGUCACCGUUGCUGCACCGUGCAAUGCCGAACAUUCGCGCUGUCACGAAGAACAGCGACGCCGUGGACGGUCCAACAAACAUCCAAACGUCCACGCCGCCAACGUCGCCCCAGCUGGGCAAGCUGAUCAUUCGGGCGGCGCGAAGUCCCGAUCGCGCGGCUAGUCCAGAUUACGUACGCACACCGGCGACCGUGGUCGGCCCCACGAGCCCGACCAGUCAUCACAGACAGGUUCGCGGGGCUUACGUCAACGUGCAAGACGACGAAGGUAAGACGACGUCCGGCACUGACGAGCACCGCGAUUGCACCGGCCGCGCCAGUAGAUUAGAGGCACGCGCUUCUGCGAUUGCAUCAUCACGCUCUAAGGACGAGUCCAGGCAACCUCUGGACAAUUCGAACCCAGCGCCGUGCAAUAAUAACACUAAACUCCCGGAACCGAACGCGUCUGCGAACAAGAUCGGAAUCUGUCAUGCGGGCGCGCAAGUAGAUACCAAACAAAGAUUAGAUCGUGACGAGCAUCACUCGCCGGAGCUCAACGGUGAUGCUCCCGAAGCGAACGUUUCGCGCGUGACUCCGCCCAAGUUCGAUCAUCCUGUCGGUCCGAGUCCCACGAGUUUGCGACUAGAUUUCGAGAAAUCGGAUCUCUAUCCAAAGAGCCUACGACCGACCGGUAACACGCCCAAAUUAGGUAAGAAACUCUUAAUUUCGGACCUCGAUACUCCAAAUUUCUGUAGAAAGAAAUCCGAUAGUCAGAAUACAGCCGAGGAGAACGUGGAAUCUAAUACCUGCGAUAAUAGUGCUGAUAAGAACGCGAGUGUCGAUUGCGCGGAAUCGGACGCGCGAGCCGCGAAGAAAUCCGCCUCGGUGCGGAGCGACAGAGCGGAUCGCAAAGUAAAGCGCAGCGAAAGCUAUCGCAUGGCGAACAGUCCCAUCAUGUUCAUUAAGAAAUUCUCCGCGAGCCAGACAGAAAAGUCUAAGAUCAGUAGGACGCCUUCGGAGGAGUUACAGGAGGAAUUGUUGAAGGAGAGAAUCAAUUAUCCCGAGACGGUUUCUAGUCCGGAGCCGCGGCUCGUCAACAGUGCGGCCUUCGACAUGAAGUCAACAAAUAUCCCAUCAGUACCGCCGACCAGUCCUAGACCGAGAGCUACGGAUCUGGAACCGGUCAGAGUGCUCAAAUACUCCAGUACCGAUACAGAAAUCUGGUAAAGAACGCGAUAGCGCAAUUACAGAAUAAUUAGCGGCGACAAUGCCAGUUUUGCAAUGUCGAUAUGAAGCGAAAUUGUCGAUUCAACGACUUUGUCUUCUAUUUUUUACGUUUUUUUUUAAUCAAGAUCAAUGUAAUUUAAACUGAGAAUUCCUCGGAUUUCAAAACAACUCGAGAACUGCGCUUGGAAGUAUGUUGAUAACAACACAGAUGCUUACUGGGGAGUAUCUAUUGAUAUAAGGCGGCAAUGCUAGUUUUGCAAUAUUGAUGAGAUAACAAAACUCUUUCUUUGUUAUCCGCACAAGCCGAGUUACACUUGAAAAAAAAAAAAAACACGUGAACAAGAUAGGCUCUAUGAAAACGAUUACACGCUCGGGGAGUGUGAUAUAAUGUCACUUUUUUAUGACUAACAGUACUAAGUACAUUUGUACUGGAGUACGUGCUUCUCAAAGUUUCUUUGGUAUUAGACUUGAUUUUAUCUAGUUUUCUUGUCAGUGAGAUUAAGUUAUUCGGUGAGCAACUAGUUUUUUAUAAGCGUUUUUGUAAACGUUUUAAAAUUAAAUCAAUCUAAACUUUUUUCACGCUUUUUAAAAAGUGCAGUAUAAAAUAUAAUCUUUUUUUGAGGGGGAGGGGGGGGUGUAGGAAACAGUUCAAUAGUUUUACUAUUUUUUUGUUAGUUCAACUCUGAUGGAGUGCAAAUGUUUUUUUUAGUAUAUUUCUAUAAAUCCACUUAUAAAAAUAAAUCUCCCAAAAAAUCGACAUUUAAAACAAUAUACAACUUGUUGUUUUUCGAUCGGGGAGUCUGUUAUUGCAAAUUUUGCUGCACGGUAAGCUUUUUGCGAUAUCUAAAAAAAUAGCGAUGUUUUCUCGUCGAAAAUCCGGUAUUUAGCGCGCGAUGUUUCCCGCUGGAAAAUUGCAAGUUUGAUAAAUCGAGACGCUCCGUUGUCAGAUAACAACGGUAGAGAUCAUCGCGUAAAAUAGAUUGAAUGAGUCGGAGGAUCGCGUCAAGGUCUAAUCAGAUAGAAUUGGAGCGCGAAGCUGCGGGGGAGAUAUCGGCGCGAGCGAUUGCAACGCGUUAUGCAAAAGACGGCGGCUUGGAUCGUGCCGCUUGGAUGUCACGUCACUUCCCAUGAACCGACGACAAACGGGAGCAAAGACCGACAAAUCGUCGGAUCGUCCACCCGCAAUGACGACAGCGAGAAAUCUCUGCUAAUUUUUUCACGCUUGCGCGGAACAAAGAUACAAUACCGGAGAUAUACGAGCACUGAUCACGUUGUUUUUUGGUUUUUUUUUUUUUUAUCCGACAACAUACAAUCGAUCUUCCAAGCUGCGGCCAACGAACCUCGUCGGUGUGCGUUUCACAUUGUCGACACUCAUCGAGUUCUCUCUCAAACAACAGUGCGUGGAAUAUUUUCGAGUUCAAUAGUUUUCGAGUUUCAAAUCGAGUUUUAUCUCACCGCGAAGAAACGUGCGUUUGACACACUUCUCAAAAUAAAAUCUUCUCUUUUAUCUACUCGUUAAACCCUAACGUGACUGUUUUAUAAAUACCGUAAUAAACAUUUGUGAAAAUUAAUGAAAUAUAAAAUAUCGUUUUACGAUGUUGUUGCGAGUCCGCGCCAAUUAUAAUGUAUGGACUAGAGCCGAUCAAUCGAACUUUCGCAUUGUAAUUGUUUGUUUCGAGAUCUAAGCAAAGAGGGAAAGGACACAAAUCAUAAAAUAUCUUGAAACUUUCCACCCCAAACAGGCGACUAUCGCAGGGGGGUGGCGAGUAUCUUCCGCUUUAACGCGCCGCGGAAAACUCCCACGCAGACUCGUCUCCCAGCAAAGACUUACUUUGUUAACCCUUAUCAGCGUUAUUAGCUGGCUCAAUAAGCAAGCGGAUUGCAUCANACGCGAUAUUUAUCCCGGCACGAUAAUAAGUCGAUAAACAAAAAUCUUCGCUGCGAGGAUUGAAAUACUUUNGUGCGGAUUCCGGUUUCUUCAGUGCACUCCGGUCGNCACGACCGGAUCGUAUAAUUGCGUUUGUUCCCUGCCAAAGUUCUUUUUUUUCUCGAAAAGUCUCCGUUCUCUCGCGUACACUUGUNAGUACUUCGAGUAAGAACUAAUGUAGCGACACAGAAAACUGACGCAUUAUUAUUUUUAUACAAGAAUUCUGUACGUUUCAACUGUCAUUGUGUCUUUGAUCACGUCUUUCCAAAAAUCNGUCCGAUUUNANUUUAUCUCUCGCGAUAUNACGAUUUUUUUGACUCUAUCCACGAGAUCAAGGUAAUCGUUACCGGANGAUCGCGAAAAGAGNUUUGCGAACUUCACGUGACAGUCAUGAUUCGUCGAAUGACUCGCCGCGAACUCGACUUUUUAGUGUGGCGCGAUGAUAANACGCCGUUAUCGGUUUAAAAACGAGGAGAAAACCUAGUUGGUAGACAGGCAGUCGCCGCGCGGCGACUGUUGAUACGACGGCGGAGCGGUCGUAAGUUCGAUUUGCAAUUCUCGAUCAGUUCGCGAAUCGUCGCGGUUGUACUUCAACAUGUUGGCGAAACAUCUUCUCUUCAUUGCGACCAGACGACCAC